AUGGAGAACCAAUUAGUCAAAUUCUUGCGGCACAAUGGAGACGUGUUCGCUUGGAAAGCUCAAGAUUUGUCGGGCAUCCCCCCUCAUGUAGCUCUACAUCGGCUUAACGUCGACAAAAGGUUGAAGCCGACCAAACAACGGAAACGAACAUUUGGACCCGAACGCAACAAGCACAUCAAGGCAGAAGUGGAGAAACUUCUAGAGGCGGGUCAUAUACGACCAGUUCAUUAUCCUGAAUGGUUGUCGAACGUAGUACUCGUUCCCAAACCCGGGGGAAACUUCCUUGACGCAUAUCAAGGGUAUAACCAAAUCUUGCUCGCACCAGAAGCUCAAGAGAGGGCUAGCUUCGUCACAGACCAAGGCAUCUACUGCUAUCGAGUCAUGCCUUUCGGAUUAAAAAAUGCAGGAGCCACUUACCAAUGUCUAGUGAAUGCCAUGUUCGCAGAUCAGAUCGGUAAGAAUAUGGAGGUGUAUAUCGACAUUGUGCUCGUCAAAAGUGUCAAGCGAGGAAUCGAAGCUAAUCCCGCAAAAAUCGAAGCAAUCACCUCCAUGGCUCCACCAACAUCGAUCAAGAAAGUUCAACAGCUCAACGGCUGUUUAGCAUCCCUGAACAGAUUCAUUUCAAGAUCAGCGGACAAGGCUUUCUCCUUCUUCAAGAUUUUAAAGGGAGGAAAAAAGUUCGAGUGGGAUGAGCCGGGAGACACCCUCAUGUUGUACUUAGCUACCUCGGCUGAUGCCAUCAGCGCAGUCCUCAUCCGAGAUGGAGGAAAAGGUCAUCAACCCAUAUACUACAUAAGUCGCGCCCUCCAAGGAGCCGAACAACGCUAUACCAAUAUGGAGAAGCUCGCUCUCGCCCUCAUCAACGCAGCUCGAAAGCUUCGACCCUACUUCCAGUCGCAUCAAGUGGUGGUUCUCACCAAUUAUCCUCUGAAGCAGAUACUAAGAAGUCCUGAGACAUCCGGGCGAUUAGCAAAAUGGGCAAUAGAGCUAAGCGAAUAUGGGAUAGAAUUCAAACCCCGCCCUGCUAUCAAAGCGCAAGUAUUGGCUGACUUUCUAGUCGAAAUGACCUCAGUAGAAGAAAGCACCUCUCUACCUACCUGGUCUGUCAGCGUCGAUGAAUCUUCCACUGCCACAGGAGGGGGGGCAGGUAUCGUCCUAACAAACCCUGACGGACACGAGUUCGAAUAUGCUCAACGAUUCGAAUUCACUCAGCUCGUCGUUAACCAAGUACUCGGAGUUUACGAGGCCAAAGAAGACACCAUGACCAAAUACUUAGCUCUCACACACGCUCUAUUAUCCAAGUUCGAGAGCUACGAAAUUAAACAAGUGCCCCGCUCCAAUAACAUCCACGCUGAUAAAUUAGCUAGGCUUGGAAGUUCCAUGGCCAGCAUCGGAAGUCGGAAGGUGACGCUCCUCACCUCACCUCAGCCGGUGAUAACUUCACCCACUGAAGUACAGUACACCGAGGACGAUGAACCAUGCAAGUUCACCCCAAUCCUGAAAUAUCUCAAGAAGGGAGAACUUCCAAUGGAUCCCACUAAAGCACGGAAGUUAAAAACAAGAGCCGCCCGCUUCGUAAUAGUGGGAGAAGAAUUGUACAAACGAGGGUUCUCAUUCCCCUAUCUCAAGUGCCUCGACCCGACCACAGCGGAUUACGUACUUAUAGAAGUACACGAAGGCAUCUGUGGCAAUCACUCGAGCGGGAGAACCUUAGCUCUCAAACUACUGAGCCAAGGCUACUAUUGGCCAACGAUUCAUGAAGACACGAAGAGAUUAGUCCGGAGGUGUAAGCCUUGCCAAGAGCAUGCCAAUAUUCCUCACCUGCCAGCAGCAUUAAUGCAACCAAUUGACAGCCCCAUCUCUUUCGCCCAAUGGGGAAUGGAUUUAGUUGGACCAUUCCCACCCGCCACAGGAGGACGCAAAUACCUCAUUGUAGCAGUGGACUACUUUACCAAAUGGGUGGAGGCUGAACCCUUAGCACGCAUCCGAGAAGAAUAA